GGCAGACUGGAUCAUACCAUCUUAUGACAUCGAUAACUUGUAGAAUAUUGUCAUUCCUGAACCUUUUUGUGUGCCUCUUAAUCAUUUAUAUGUGUAUACAUGUCUAUUAUGAAAGUAAUAGAGUAAAUGUAUGAUCUUAUUUGACGUAAUUACAAUAAAUUCCGUACUAGCUUAUUUAGCAGUUAAAAACACCGACGUGUAUGAGAUGUUUUUAAUGUCAUGGUUUGUCCUCAGUGUCGGAGCUUGGGACCUUUAAACAACGAGUAGGGCACAACUCGACGGUGGCAAGGCAGUGUCAGUCUUCUUUUGUGCAGACGUCUGUGAGCUGUAAGCCAGGAUGCCCCUAAAUGACGAGCAACCCACUUCCACUUCCAGAAGUGAGGACCAAGGAAGCGAAGUGGAGUCAUCGCUCGCCAGUGAACCGGACUGCUCCCGUGACAGCUUCAACAGCGACGGCUCCAGCAAACAGUGCACACCCUCCUCAAGUCCACCUAAAACUGUUUCUCUACAUGAAGUCAUGGAGGCUGGAAGAGACCUUUUCAAUCUCAAGCUUGCACAUGAGAUUAUCAUUAAUGAUUUCCAUAUGGACCAGGACCGAGGAACACAGAGCAGUUUAUGGAACGCAGUAAGAGAUAAUGUCCACAAGGCCUUUUGGGACAUCCUGGAGGCUGAGCUGAACGAGGACCCACCUGAAUAUCAGCACGCCAUUAAAUUAUUAGAGGAGAUCAGAGAGAUCUUGCUGUCAUUCCUGAAUCCGGGUGCCAAUCGCAUGCGGACCAAGAUCAUGAAGGUGCUGGACAUGGACUUAAUUCGUCAGCAGGCUGAAAACGAUGCUGUGGACAUCCAAGGACUUGCCUCUUACAUCAUUACGACCAUGGGCAAGAUGUGUGCUCCAAUGAGGGACAAAGAGAUCAGGAACCUACGAGAAAGCACAGAUAACAUAGUUACUCUACUCAAGGAGAUAUUCCGUGUUCUAAACAUCAUGAGGGCAGACGCUGUCAACCAAGCAAUCCAAAGCAUAAAGCCUCUUCUGCAGAGGAACAGAGUUGAAUAUGAGAGGGAAACCUUUCAGAGCAUCUUGGACAAAACACCUACUGCUUUAAACCGCACCAGCUCCUGGAUCCAGUCAGCACUAGAGGAGCUGCUGCCGGCCACCAUGCCUCCAGGAAAAUCAGAUGAUGCCGGGAAAAGCCAGCGAGCCCUUCCUGGUCCAAUCCAAAUCCUUAAUACUGCCUGCCUUCGUUUUCUUACAUGGGACUUUUCUAAGGCUCUAGUGCCUGAGACUUGGGUGAUUGACGAAUCCCGUCUCGAAGAGGUUCAGUGGCAGCUCAAGCAGUGUGAGAUGGUGAAUGAGGUACUGCUCAUUGUGCACAGCACCGUUGGGGGGCCGAUCCAGGGGAUUUCCUCGCUCUCUGACCGCUUGAAGAGGAUGAUCAGUGUACUGCUAGAGGGGAUGCACAGACCGGGCUUUAACCUGGAAGAAACACUAGAGGGCGUCAGUUCACAGAUUUGCUGUGAGCUCAACAAGUCUUUGAUUGAGAGAAACUACCCUCCAUUGACCCCAGAAGUACAGGCGACACUAACGGGACAGAUCUGCAGCAUCAGCCAGAAGGACAAUCCCAUUCGCACUCUUGUUGAGGAUCGUGUACAGCAGUACUUCAUGGUGCUCCUCUCCAACCCCAAGACCCAGAACAAACUUGAACAAGUACCAGCCGGCCUGACCGCCAUCAAGCCCGAACUGGUACAGAUUGGAAAAACGUUCAUCUCUUUGAUCGACUACAACAGGGCUGUCUAUGGACCUUUCUAUGUGGAUAUCAUCAGGAAGCUGCUGUUUGGUAGCAGGCCACCAGCACCAAUCCUCAGUCAGGAACAAGUAUCGAACUGUCAUGUCUUUCAUAAAUAAUAGAAGGAGAGAUUAAUUUUUUUCUGUCAGGCAUAGAAAAGCAUUUUAGACCAACUCUCAAUAUUUUAACAAGAAAUAAAAGGAAAUCUCAAACGUGAGAUAAAAAUUACAAAUUAGUCAAAUGUGCUUCCACCACCUGGAUUGUCUCCAACUGUGAUUUCUAUCACAAAAUUUUUACAGUAAAGCCUUGGUCCACAUUAACUCCGACCUGCAAUGUGAAUAUUCAGUUAAAUAAUCCAAAUUCAAUGUUAAAGUACUCCAUUGUCCUGACAUCCAAGUCCAUUUCUUUUGGUCUCCCUUUAUGCUGAAGGCUGUAAAUAAGGCAACUAAUGGCACAUCUUUGUAUGCAUAAAAUGGAUGACAUAUAGAACUAAUGUUAUAAAGCAAUACAGAAGGUGCUUGUAUUUUUAGAGACUUAGAAGACAGGUUUUACAGAUCCCUCCCUUAUACAAGGUGUUUAUUUCUGAUACAAAGGCAACAAUAUCGUCUCUUCAAGUUAGUUUCGAGAACAUUUUUUACUGUACAUAGCAAGUGCCACAUUCAAUGCUCUCUUUUAUCUGUCGGAACUUUGAUUUCCAUUAUUUUGAGUCAUGUAUGAGUUUGUGCUACUUGUUUGCAUGAGUAACUUUUUGUGUUUUAGGUCUUUAUUAUUUGUGCCAUAUGUUAUGUUUUUGAUUUGUGCUGUUCACACAUUUUCCCAGUGUAAUGCUUAUAAUAUAGAUUUUUGUGUGCUGUAAACAUAAAAUGCAAAUUACUGUGUGUUUUUCAGUAUUUAUUGGUUUUAUUUGUUUGAACAAAUUGAGAAAAAAGGGGGUGAACUUGCAAGGGAUUUUGAUGUAAACAUCUCCAGCAGAGCUUAAUAUGCACAAAACGUUACAAGAAAAGGUGGGAGGUUGAUAUUGUUGUCCUCUGUACCACAGUUAGUAUAAUAAAACUUGAAUAACAAGUGUG